GUCUGCCCAUUUGUUUUGGUUCUUCCGCGAAAUGUAAAAAAAGUACCCAUUUUUUAUCCAAUUCAAUCACCAAGCAGGAAUACUAUUAAGAAUUAGUUUAUGAUAAACAUCACAACGUAAGUAAAAUUUCAAUCAGCAAUCAAUACUUAAAAGGUUUUUGGGAUACCAUCAAACCAUUUUCCAGGACAACUAUGGGUAAUCCAUAUCGUGCGAUUACAGUUGAACCUGUCGUUAUGUUGUACAUCACAGCGCUAUUGAUGCAGCUGCCUGUUUACCAGCAUUAUGUUUAUCAUCGAGCUCAGGUUGAAUUGAAUUUGGAACGAAACGGUUCAGACCUGGUAGACCAAAGUCGUUGUGAUGCGAAUACUAGUGAAUUAGUUGUGGAAAUCCAACGACGUGCAUCAAGUUAUAUCCUUGCAAUAGGUAUGGCAGGAACCUUUCCUGCCAUAUUUACGUCCUUGAUUUAUGGUCCCAUGUCUGACAGGAAAGGACGGAUACCAAUAAUGCGGUUGCCACUUUUGGGAAGCGUCAUUGAUGGGUCCAUGACACUUUUUACAAUAUAUUUCGAACUGCCACUGUACGUCAUAGCAAUUGGUUCUGCCAUAAGCGGUCUCUGUGGGCACUACACAACAUUAGUAUUCACAGUUACGGCUUAUGUCAAAGACACAACAUCUGAUCCUGCUAAACUAUCCCUUCGUUUAGCCCGCUUGGAGGCCAUGGCGUUGUUUAGCGGUACAAUUGCACAAGUAACCAGUGGGCUUUGGGUCGAGCACUUGGGCUAUGCAGCACCGUAUUUGUUCAUCUUCGCAUGCCAACUGUGUGCGUUUUUGUACGUGGCACUCUUUCUCCCAGAAUCGCUUCAACAACUGCCGUUGGGCGACAGGCUAUGCUUGAACUGUGGGGAUUUUCGAUUAUUGACAGGCGUGAUUAUAAACAAGCGGGAGGAUCGAGGGCGAUUAAAGAUCUUGCUGUUGCUCUUAGUCUCUGCAUUUACCCUCCUACCUGUGGGUGUCCUAAACAGUCUAUCUAUCCUGUACGCCAAAGAUUCCCCACUUUGCUGGAGAGCUGAUUUAAUCGGUUAUUUUCUUGGAUGUUUGUUUUUUGUCAGAGCGGUUGGGGCGGUGGCUUGCAUGAAGAUUUUAAAGAAGUUUGCGUGGAAGGAUUAUUCCGUAGUUCAAUUAGGGAGCGUUUUCCUCAUGGGUCUCUUGAUUAUGAUUGGCUUAUCAACCACUACAUUGGAAAUGUUUCUUGCAACGAUACCGUGUCUCAUGGCAGGACUUCCUCAACCUUGUAUUCGAGCAUUGACAUCGCAUAUUGUUGGAUACAGCGAACAAGGAUCAUUGUUCUCCAUCAUAGCUUCAAUAGAAAGCCUUUGUAACUUUCUGGCAAACAUAAUCUUCAAUCCCGUUUAUCAGGCCUCUUUGGAUUACAGUUGGCCACAUGCUAAUGGUCUUAUUUUCUUCAUCAAUGCAGGAAUAGUAUUCCUUCCAUUUGUGAUCAUCAGUUACCUGAAAUUCUACGAUAACAAGUUCAAAGGCUAUGAAGCGAUAGGCAGUGGAAUUCGAAACAGCAAAAGUUUUACAACCAGUACUGAUUCAGCUACGAGCGAUGAGUUAACGAAACCCCAGCCUAUUAGCUAGUUAAGGUAAUUGCUUCCUUUCAAUAAAUUUUAGCGACCGAUUUUUUCUGCAUUUAUGAAAAUUAUUUGCACAUAUAUAGUGGUAUAAUAUACAGUAUAAUCGAAGCGUAUACUAUAUAUGUUUUGUUCCACUGACAAAUUAAUUUAGCCGCUUCCAGAAUUCAUUAAAUCCUUGCUUGAUCCUGUCAAAAUUUUAAUAACAUAUUUUC